CAGGUCGACCUCGUGGCUGGCCUCCCUGCCGAGGUGCGGCCGAAGAGACGGCGCGUCCAUGGAAAGGACGAGGAGGAACCGACCGAAGUCGAAUGCGUCAAAAUAUGAGAUCCUCAGUCGCCGUCUUUCUCAUCCGACCCCGACGGACCUGAAGAGCUAGUUGCAACGAUCAAAAAUGGGACAAAGCGCCAAGAAGCUGAGUACGCGCAUCGGGCCAUGGAGCUGGCUGAACUCGGAAGAUGACCGGUGGGUGGAGCAAGCUUGGUUCAUCGACGACAUGCUGAGCAAAAACUGGGUGGAGCUGAUGACCAUCGCGGAAGCCCUCAACAUGGCCACGCUACGACUGAGACUGCAGCCGGAGAUCACGACAGUGGUUCACAUCUUCACUAAUAGUGAGCAGAGCCUGGAGUAUCUGACGCGCAAGUCGGGAUGCAAGCGUCUCCUUGAUGACAUAGUCAUGGAACCCAACCGGUACUUCAUCAAGAAGCUCUCCCGCGAGCUACACGAGCGCGGUGGGUGGCUAGUCCUGAGCCGCAUACCGGGACAUAAGCACGACGUGGUCGGUCACGCCAAGGCCGACAAAUGCUGUACUCAGCGAUUCUCGAGCCGGACAGAAAGCCUUGGACGACAUUAA